UCAUCGGCGGGAAUAUUAGAUAAACAUGGACCCUGAUCAUGAAAUUAGUGUUAUUCUUACUUCCUGAAACAUGACAGGCCACAGCACUCGAAGGAACAUAUUUAUGUUUUUGAAAGUACUGCUGCUAAGUGUUGUAUUUCUGAUAACCGUUUUGUUUCUUGUUGCCGCCGUGAGGACAUUUACAUUUGAUGCGAACGCGGGGCUUCAGCUUGGAAAAUGGGAAAAUACAACCACCAUUUCUCUUCAUAUAAAUCCACAACAGAGAAAGAAUCUGCUGGCAAAUUUCAAAGCGGCAAUUCAGAUUCCCACUGUGUCAUUUACCGAGACAAAUCUGAACACCAGCGCUUUAGGUGAAUUUGACCUGCUGCUGAGGAGAGUCUUCCCAAAGAUUUUCUCAUCCAGCCUGGUCAAACAUGAGGUGGUGGGCAACUACAGCCAUCUGUUUACUGUGUCAGGGAGUGAGCCAAACCUGGAGCCGUAUAUGCUGCUGGCACACAUCGAUGUAGUGCCAGCUGAUGAGGCAGAUGGGUGGGAUGCACCUCCUUUCUCUGCAAAAGAGAUCAAUGGCUUCAUUUAUGGUCGAGGGACCAUUGACAAUAAACAGUCUGUGAUGGGGAUCCUUCAGGGGUUGGAAUAUCUGUUGGAGAAAGGCUACACCCCUCGGCGAAGCUUCUUUAUUGGUUUAGGUCACGAUGAAGAGGUGAGUGGUUUACACGGUGCAGUGAAUAUUGUGAAUCUGUUGAAGAGCCGUGGGGUGAAGCUGCAGUAUGUUUUAGAUGAAGGCCUAGCAGUGCUGGAUGGUGUCAUAAAUGGUCUGGAUGGACCUGCUGCUCUAAUAGGUAUCAGUGAGAAGGGCCAAGCCACAGUAAAGCUGAGUGUUAGUAGCGCUCCAGGACAUUCAUCCAUGCCUCCUAAAGAGAGCAGUAUUGGCAUCUUGGCUUCAGCUGUCAAAAGGUUGGAGGAAUGUCCAAUGCCAAGACUAUUUGGUUAUGGUCCUGAACGUGGCACAUUUGAACAUCUGGCACAUAAGUUUGGCUUGCCUCUCAGAUUCAUCAUGUCUAAUCUGUGGCUCUUCUCUCCACUGCUCGGCAGGGUGUUGGAGAGAAAACCUGACACAAAUGCUUUUGUGAGGACAACAACCGCUGUCACCAUGUUUAACUCUGGUGUAAAGAUUAAUGUAAUCCCAUCAUAUGCUGAAGCUUUCGUCAAUCUGCGUAUCCACUCAGUCCAGACAUUGCAGGAGGUUCUGGAUUUGAUCGAGUCCACCAUAUCAGAUAAGCGUGUGAAGGUAAAGUUGGUCAAUGGAUUUGACCCACUUCCGAUCAGCUCCUAUGAUGAGCAGUCAUUUGGGUUUCAGAUCAUAAAAAAAACGGUGCAGGGCAUGUUUCCACAGGUUACUGUCGCCCCUGGUAUCUGUGUUGGCAACACUGACAGUCGUCACUACAAGGACCUCACACGUGACAUUUAUCGCUUUGCCCCAUCAUGGUUCAAACCCGGUGAUCCUCAAAGAUUCCAUGGCGUGAACGAAAGGAUUUCCAUUCAGAACUACGAAGAGAUUGUGCUGUUCUACUUUCAGCUCAUCCAGAAUAAUGACAUCAGGAAGUUGCCAUUACCUCACAGUAGCCAGCAUGAGCUGUAAGUGUGGUGAAGUGUUGCUUACAGCAAUCUCUGAAAAGACCCUAAGCUGAGGAAGCUUUGCUUAUACAAAAACCACUAAAGAAUUACAAUCUGUAGAUAAUUACAAGAUCUAAAGGCUUUAAGGGUCUAAGUUUUUAGUCAUAAAGGUUCAUUCUUUCAGUCCUUAGCAAUAUUGAUUUUAAACAUAAACAAAAUACAAAGGCUUUUAUAUCUGUGUUUAUCUUUACUGACAUUAGGUAUUCAAACAGAACAAAUCUCUUUGUCACACCAACAGUUGCAUUUGGAUUCAUAAUUAUAAUAAAUAAUGUAUUCCUACUAUUCCUACCCAAGUAAUGGCCUGGUGUCAUCCACAAUUUGUAUUUUCAAUGCAAUAAGAUAAUUACUUAUACAACAUUAACACUGCGUUCCUCCACAUUAAUCCAGAGUCAUUUCAAAACGCAUCUUUUUCCAUACGUUUUGGCCUUCCGUACACACUGGGGCAGCGUAUUUGUCCAGUGAAAACUAAUUUUUACGAAAAUGCUCUCCCAAGUGGAUCAAUUUGAAAAUGUUGUCUUUGCAUUGUUGUAUGGACAGGGAAAACAGAGAUAUCUGAAAACGAUGAUGUAUUUGUUGUGAUGUGAUGCAGAGAUGUGAUCCAUUUAACCAAAACAAUCAAGAUGGCGGCCCUCGCUGUGCCUGCUUUGAUAGCAUUGUUAAAGAUAAAUGUUUCUUUGUACAAUCUUCACACUGCAUUCCUUCAGAUAUGAUGGGAAGUUUGAACCGCAAUUGCUGUCCUGGUGUCGUAUUGAUUUCUCAUUCCCUAUUAUGGCUAUGUUUAUGGACAGGUGUAAGGGUGGCCUUUAGGGAUGGGGACCAAUGACUCUCUACUGUGGUUAGGGUUAAGGGUGGGUGUAGUAGUGGCAGGGUUCGUACAGAUUUUUGAAAGUUUGGAAAAUGCUUGAUUUUCACAGUUAGGUUUUCAAGGUUUGAAAUAUUCUUGAAUUUUGAAUAUGUUCCUUGAAAAUGCUAUGAACCUUGAAGUGGGCUUUAGGGAUUGGGACCAGUCAAGUAGCAGGAGUAAGGAUCUAGUGUUUCAUGGCCAUGCUUAUGUAUUUUCUUUUUUUUUUUUGCAUGAGCAGUUGGGGAAUUUAAGCAUUUUCAGACAUUUCAGUGUGAUGAGCAAUGGAAAACCUUUGAAAACGGCAGUGUAGAUUGAGGGCAUUUCUAAACAAAUGAAUGUGGACAUAGUCUUAGUCUGUUGGCUGAAUGACAAAAUAAACAAAAGUAAACCACAUAGACCAUGACCAAAAGAUAGCCUAAAGCAACUAAACACUAGACGUUCAAUCAAAACAUUAGUCAAAGUCCAUACGUGAUUGUCCGCCAACACAUACACCUUACGAGCCAGCUGUAGAAAUUAAUCAGACAUGUCUGGGCAUUAUGAUCAUGAAUAAUUCAUUAAUGAGUGAUAAUUAGUUGUGCAUUAUUAUUUUUAUUGCCAAUGUGUUUAAAAGUGUUUUAGUGGGGGCAGGGGAGAAGGGGUUCAAAUGGACUUUGACAAAAUGACAAAUGCCAGCUACUGUAAGCUAUUUGCUGAGGAAAAUAAUACAGGUUGAAUAAAUAUCUUGCCAGUUUAUUUUGUUUAUGUGCUCUUCAAAACAUACUGUUAAUAUAUCUGACACACUAAUACAUUUUAGUAAAAAAAAAAAAAAUGCAUUGAUUUUGCUACGUUUACACCACUGCAAUGGCAUUUGCCUCCACUGAAAAUGGAGAGUUUUGAAAGCGUUCUUCGUAACUUCUUACUUUGGAAAACAAAAACGUACAAAAUCUGAAAACAAAGUUUUCAUAGAAAACUGAUGAGUGUGUACGUGGCCUUAGUGUUUUGAACCGACCUUCUGAACAGAGUGAUCUCAGACAUAACCUGAGCACUUUCUAUAGUUAUUAUUUACAAACGUUUUGCAUUUGUGCAGAUUUGAUUGAAGUUGAACUCUGGUACAUUUUCAAAUGGAUGCAGUAUGUUCCAAUAGAAGAUUAUAAUUACAUUAUCAAAGUUGAGACUGAAGUGCUAUUAUUAGUAAUAAAAUCAUCCAAAAUAGUUAAUGUUGUGAAAUGUUUAAAGUUUGGCUCUAUAAAUGUAUUUUUUGCCUCCUAGCUAUAAUUUUCAUCACAAAGCUGAUGCUAAAAGGAGGUAUGGUAUUGGCUGUUUGAAUAUUUACUGGAGCACUAUUACAUGCAUACCAAUGCACUUAUAAAUACCAAAAAUCAGUUUGUUCAAAAGAUCCAACAUCGCAAGAAACCCACUUUUACAUGAGAAUUGAAAUCAUUAGAUUAUUCUCUGCUUUUGGCAUCAUAAUGUAAACAGGUAUGUGUACAACACUUGUGCACAUUGAUGUAAGAACUCCAGUAAAGGUGUUUACAUGCAACGCAAAUUCAGGGUAACCGGUAAAUGUGUAUGAUCGUGCAUGUAAACGCUCAUUGUUACCUUGAAUCCCUACUUUUGUUUUGCACUAAACUGAUUUGUACUGAAAUAGAAAAUUACUGUAAAUGAUUUGCUUAAUUGAUCUUUCAUGAUGCAUAAUAAAGUUUUUUUUUUCUUGGAAACAUGUUGAUGGGUGUUUUCUAAAAAAUGUUUUAAGUGUAUGGCACAUUCUAACAAUUGUAUGUAUUUUAAAUUAUAUUUAGGCUUUUUUAAGUGUAAAAAUUAGCAAUAUCACAAGGCUAGCAAUGCAAUCCCACUCAAAAUGUGAAAUACAGUGCAUCUGGAAAGUAUUCACAGCGCUUCCCUUUUUCCACAUUUUGUUAUUACAGCCUUAUUCCAAAAUGGAUUAAAUUCAUUAUUUUCCAC